AUGGCGGGGCUCAGCCAAAAGGCCUCGCCACUUCUUUUCUUCUUCUUUCUUUUCGUGGGGGCCCCCCUCUCAGGGGCCCUCUCUGAGUUCCUGCUGAGGGCCCCCCGAGGCGCGAGGGCCCUCGCGGCGGCCCCCAGGGAACAGGCGGCUUCGUGCGUGGGCACUGGCUGCAGGAUUCUGGGGGUGGGGGCGGCGGUGCCGGAAACGCGCAUCACAAACGACGAUCUCGCGAAAAUUGUGGACACAAAUGACGAAAUUGGAAUUGGCGGAAAGAAGCGGGAGUUUGCGUGCGGUUUCUGCGGAUCGGCGCAGUGGAUCCGGACGCGGACGGGCAUCGCCGCGCGGCGCGUGCUGCGGCACGGCGAGGCGCUGCGGGACUUGUCCGUGGCAGCAGCACAGAAAGCCCUCGCCGCCAGCGGCCUCGCAGCCAACAAGCUGGACCUUCUUCUCCACGCCUCCUCUUCGCCCGACGACCUCUUCGGCGACGGCCCCUGGCUCGCGGCGCAGCUGCAGCGGCCCGGCGACGCCCCCGCGCCCGCCUUCGACUUGACUGCGGCCUGCUCCGGCUUCGUCGUCGGCCUCAUCACAGCAAACAUGUACCUGUCGAGCCCGGGCAGCCCCUACCGCACGGCGCUGCUUGUGGGCUCCGACGCCCUCAGCCGCUGGCUGGACUGGAGGGACCGAAACACUUGCAUAUUAUUUGGAGACGGGGCGGGUGCAGCAGUGCUGUCUGCUGCUGCUGCUGCUCCUGCUGCUGCUGCUCCUGCUGCUGCUGCUGCUGAGGGGCAGCAGCAGAAGCCCCUCGGGCUCCUCAGCUAUGUGCUGCACAGCGACGGAUUUGAACAAAAACAAAUUCAGCUUCACUACAGAGGCGCGGAGGCGCCGCUGCCGCUGCGGGGCCCAGGUGGGGGGUGCGUGAGCGUGAGCAGCGGGGCGUUUGCGCCGCUGUCGAUGAACGGGCGGGAAGUGUUUAAGUUUGUGUCUCGAAAAGUCCCCAUUUCUUUGGAAGCAGCUUUUGCUGCUGCUGGUGUUGCAGCAGCAGAAGUGGACUGGCUGCUGAUGCACCAGGCCAACAAACGCAUUCUCGAUGCUGUUGCAGACAGACUCAACAUCCCCAAACACAAGGUGCUCUGCAACCUUGAGGAAUACGGAAACACCUCAGCGGCAUCCGUGCCCCUCUGUCUGGCAGAAGCGGUCCAAGAAGGAAAAGUCAAAAAAGGAGAUGUCAUUGCCAUAGCGGGCUUCGGCGCGGGGCUCACAUGGGCAGCAGCAGUGCUGCGGUAUGGCUAG